CCCUUAAGGCGACCUAUGGACAAUGCGCCUUUGCACGAAGUAUACAAAAAUGUAAUUAAUAAAGACUCGUUUACUAUUUUAGCCUCGAUGUUAGCUAAUGAAAACAAUGAUUGCAGUAAAACAACAGCUGAAAAUCAGAAAAUUAAGCUUACAGAUAACAUUAUAAAAUCUGUUAACGAUGAUAACGAAAACAUUCAAAAAUUAAAUAAACCAUUAAAUUUUGAGAAAACUAAUGAAAUUAACUCCGAAGAAAUUAAUGAAAAUGCUAAAUYUUUAAAUGUUACACAAAAUGAUACAAAUAAAAUAAAAAUUACUUCAAAUAAAAAUACACGGUCGCUGAAGAAGAAAGUUAAACAACGUAAUAAAAUUAUGUCUAUC